CCCGUGCGCUCCCAGCCGCUGCAGGCCAGAAGCCCCGCAGGUGAUGGCCGACGAGGGGGCGGGGGCCCUGGACACCGCCGCGCGCCCAUCACCCGGCCCCGCGCAGGAGGGGGGCUCGCGACCGGACCCCGCAGCGGGCCCUGGGGUCGCCCCACCUGCCCCCGGGCGCCGAGAAGCGGCCUUCGCGGCGACUGUGCCGAGCCUGGAGAACAAGGCUCCAGAAACCUGUGGCGCAGAGGCGUUGGGGGCUAGGGCGGGAGCCGGCGGGAGGGCCGAGGAAGUGACGAUUGGGGAGGGCGCCAUCUUCCUGGAGGAAGCAACGGAGGAGGUGGAGAAGCAGCGAGUGGGGGAGGAGAAGCUGGUGGGGGAGGGGGAGCUGGAGGUGGGAGCGGAGUCCCGGCAGGGCCCGGGGCCCCUGAACCUUGGCGGCCUAGUUGUGGACCCCCUGGAAGCCAUCCAGUGGGAGCUGGAGGCCGUGAGUGCCCAGGCUGACAGGGCCUACCUCCGGCUUGAGCGCAGAUUUGGGCGGAUGCGCCGUUUGCACCUAGCCCGUAGGAGCUUCAUCAUCCAGAAUAUUCCGGGUUUCUGGGUCACCGCCUUCCUGAACCACCCACAGCUGUCAGCCAUGAUCAGCCCCCGAGAUGAAGACAUGCUCUGUUACCUGAUGAAUUUGGAGGUGAGGGAGCUCAGGCACACCAGGACAGGUUGCAAAUUCAAGUUCCGCUUUUGGAGUAACCCCUACUUCCAGAACAAGGUGAUCGUGAAGGAGUAUGAGUGCAGAUCUUCAGGCCAGGUGGUGUCUAUUGCAACUCGCAUCCGAUGGCACCGGGGCCAGGAACCCCCGGCCCUGAUACACAGGAACCGGGACACUGUCCGAAGCUUCUUCAGCUGGUUUUCACAGCACAGUCUCCCAGAGGCAGACAGGGUUGCCCAGAUUAUUAAAGAUGACCUGUGGCCUAACCCCCUGCAGUACUACCUGCUGGGGGAUAGGCCCUGCAGAGCCAGGCGAGGCCUAGCCAGGUGGCCCACAGAGGCCCCUCCUAGGCCCUACAGGUUCCAGUCUGGCUAAGUCCUGCCCAGAGAUGUGGCACUGAUGUAAGAUCCCCUUUUGCCUCAUGUGGACCUGCACACAGGCCAACAGCAUACACUCUGCUAUCUGCUUUCUCUUCUGUGCACUCUGGCUCCUCUGGAUGUUCAGUGAACUCAGCUCCAAAAUUGUGGCCUUCAUGGCUAAUCUCUACUGUUUCCAUGUGGCCUUCAUGUUGUUCUGUGUCAGCAUCACAGGACUGUCACACACCACUCAUCUACAGUAAGCACUUAGUGCUAUGGAUGUGUACUGCCAUCAUCUUCAUGGCCUGCACGUAUCUGUGACCAUGGCCUUUCCACCCAUUUUUGACAUAGGCACCCACAAGUCAUCACUAGGGGGACCAGUGCCUCUUUGAGGUCUCCUGCUUGAAGGCUACAUCAUGUUAGCCUUGCUCAACGAUGGCCCUGCACACUAUGACAGCCUCAUCACCCAAGGUGAAGUGGGUGCAUUUGGUGCUGGCUGCCAACCAGACUUGGACAUUCCAUGUCCUCAGAACUACAGGCCAGGCUACCACCAAAGGGACUGUUCAGCAUCUGGCAAAAUGGGCAUGCAGCCAGGCUGCUGGGCAUGGGUGAGGUCAAGGGCAUGAAGAAGUGGACUGCACGUUCUUUGUGUGAUCACACUGCUCUUCCUCCCCAUGUUGGUCCUGCACCAAAGCCUGCUAUUGGCUUGUGAACGUCUGUGCUGUACUACACCAGUGCCUGUAGUUUUGCCCAAGCCACCAUCAGUCCUGCUGCCUUCUCCCAGGCCUACAAGCACCUCAAGAAUUGCCUCUGGACCCAGGUGGGCCACCUGCUAAUGCACAGGAGAGCCCUAAUCCCCUGAGAACUCUGGCAGGCUGGCAUAUCUGGGCAUGUGUUUUAGGUGGGGGCAAGGAUGGCAUCCCUCCCAGAAGCCUCGGUGACUGGACCCACACAGAAGCCAGGCCCUUUGCCAGCUCCCGUUGCCUCCUUUGUUUUUAGGCUGCCAGGUUGCAGGUGCUGGGGUGGGUGAUGUUUCUGGUCAUGGAGCCUGUCUACACCUACUCAGACCUCACAUCAUUUUUUCAUUCAAGUGAUGGCUCAGAAGAAAAAAUAAACUGAAGAAGCAAGGAUUUUUUUUACAAACAGCUAAGACAGUCUUUUUUGUUGAAUUUGCCUCUCUGUCUCCAGAGAGGGAGAGCUUGUCCUGUAGACUGCCAGCGUUCUUUUUGCCCCCCUGCUUCUAUGCCCCACCCCCUCUAGCAAGGCCUAGAAUCUUCAAAGGGGGACAUGCAGGACUUCUGAACAAAAGACAAGAAGUCCCCAGUGGCAUGAAUAAUCAUUUCAUUUUAUGCUGUGUUCUUUUAGACUAAAUUUAGCCCCAACUCUUCUCCCUCCACCAGAUCCAAACCGCUUCCCCCUCCCUGUGGGUUCCUGUGAGCUGUCCCUCCCUGCAUUUCUUGUUUUCUUUUUUUUUUUUUUGACGGCUGGCCAGGCAGGGGAUCCCAAACCCUUGACCUUGGUGUUAUAACACUGCACGCUAACCGAGCCAAUUGGCCAGCCAGAUUCACCAAUAUAUUUUGUAAAUGAGAAGAGUAGCAGAACACUGCAACUUUAGAGGUUUUCUCUCAGUAUGACCUUCUGUAUGUAGAAAGUUAAUGCUAUAUGCUUUUUAUUUUGUUGCUUUUGAGUAAGACCCUGUGAAUCUCCUUCACUGUUUCAGCCCACUGGAGAAAUUGAGCUGAACAGGCCUAUUUGUUGCUUUUAGUUGAGAAUGUUUAUAAGGUUGUCAGUGUAAUUCUUCUUUGCCAUUUAGAAACUUAUGUGACUGUUCACAGUUGUUAUCAAGCUGUUGUGGCCUGUUACUAUAACUCUGUACUUAGAAUGAGUUUGAAUAAGGUGGUUUUGUAGGACUUAAGACUAGAAGUUGUUACCAUGUUCUGUAAGGAUAACCUCCAGGAAGAAAUCUGUAACUCUGAGGGUCUAUGAUGAUUCUGUGCCCUGCUGGCUGUGUUGUAACUGACAUCGCUGUAGCUGACAUUGCUUCUUCUCAAAAGAAAUGUUCCUGAAGUUGCUUUGUCCAAUUAGAAGAGAAUUCGUGGCACUUUUGUCUUCUAUAUGCAUGAUGAAAAAAUAAAAACUUUUCGGUUUUUAUUGGGAAAAAAUAACUUAGAUCAUGUUACUCCCCCAUCUAAAACCCUCCACUGGCCAAAAAAAUUUAAAGAAAUAAAAAUA